AUGGCAAGCAAUCGUUCCUAUCGGGAACUUCGUCCCGCGUUUGAUGCCACUUCCCCCCAUCAAACAUCAACAGCGUCGUCGCCGGACAAUCGCUGCCUAUCAUCACAACCAGGCCAGAAACCCAGCCGACGCAACGUCUGGGUCGCUUGUGAAAGCUGUAGGCAGCGCAAGACCAAAAAGUGUUCCGCCGACCGACCGAAAUGCACCAACUGUAUGUCACGAGGAUUCGAUUGCCGCUACACCGCAGACCCAAACGAGUCCCGCAGCGCCUCAUUAAAGAGGAGGUAUGAUGAACUCGAGCGCCAGAAUGACUGCCUCAACGAGUUCUUUUGUGCGAUCCGAUCCAUGCCAGAGUCGCAAGCGUAUGAUGUUGUGAGGAGGAUCCGAUCGGGUGCGUCUGCCGAGGAUGUCUUGAGCCAAGUCGAGGGAGGAUACAUGCUCUUGCAACUUUCCGACCGGAUAGGGGAUGCACCGCAUUGCCGUGACAUGCCUGCUAUUACAACAAGUCCCAGAGGUCUUCUCACGCCCGAGAGCUCUCACGAGUCGACCAUAUGCCCGCCCACCCCUCCUCAAAGUAGAGCGUCCUCGUCCAAUCACAUGCAGGCUAACGGAGAGGACGUUGCAAGGCUAAAAUGCACGUCUAUGACGAGAAACCGUAGCCGGGAGUGCGUGAAUCGCACAUAG